CGUUGCAACAUGAUUGGUUCAUUGUGUUAACUGCAUCCAAUAAUUGUUGAUGUUACAGAAUGAAAGGAAGUCCUGCAAAAAUUAUAAACACUGCACAAAGAGAGUCAAACAGAUUGCAGUUUACAGUCCCAUACUAAGCCAUAGGCUAAUUUUUUUUUUAGGUUGACUACUUGUCGACCAGAGCUAAAAGAAAGUAUGAAUCAGAUUAAACAAGAACCCUGGGAUGCCAGCUCUGAUUAUCAGGAUUAUCAAUGGAAUAGCAAUGCUCAGAUGUCUGUUUCUCCUUACUACAAUCCUGAAAUCCUAGCUAGUCAGUUUAAGGUUGAAGCUGAAGAUGAUAAUUAUUCCCAAUCUUCAAAUGGAGCACUGCAGUCUGUUUCUAAAGAGCCCAAAAAGCGUGGCAGACCCAAAAAAGUCAGAGAAGAAGGGGAAAUUGAAGGUAAACCAGGUGAGAAAAAGAUCAAGCAAGAAACAGUAACAGAUCACCUGAAUGUUGUGAAGAAGAAAAGAGACAGGUUUAAUGGAACACCAGAGGAAGAAGUUCUGUUAAAGCUAUUACCUGACCACCUGGCACCCAAUCUAGAUAUACUCAUUAUUGGGAUAAAUCCGGGCUUGUUUGCAGCAUAUGUUGGUCAUCAUUAUGCUGGUCCUGGUAAUCAUUUUUGGAAAUGUUUAUAUCUGGCUGGGUUAAUACCAGAGCCAAUGAAUGCUUAUGAUGACUACAAACUGCUCAAUUAUGGAAUUGGUUUCACAAACAUUUGCGCCAGAACAACUAAAGGAAGUGCUGAUCUGAAAAAACAUGAAAUACGAGAAGGAGCAGAAAUACUGAGAAAAAAAAUUGUUUUAUACAAACCCAAGAUAGCUGUGUUCAAUGGAAAAGGCAUUUAUGAAGUCUUCAGUGGCAACAAACAUUUCAAUAUAGGCAAGCAACCAGAAAAGGUUGAAGGAGCUGAUACAAUUCUUUUUGUCAUGCCCUCAUCAAGUGCCAGAUGUGCUCAGCUCCCCCGAGCUGCAGACAAGGUGCCAUUUUAUUUAGCUUUAAAGAAGCUACGUGAUCACUUAAGAGGGGAUCUGGCCACUCUAGAAGAGUCAGAAGUUGUUUUUCCUGUUGUUGACCAUAAAUCCAAAUCUGAAGUGAAAGAUGAAGUGUCUGAUGAUGAUGAUGACUCUAGAAUGUCUUUAGGAGACUCAUCUAAGGAGAUGACCCUUGAGCAAAUUCAGAUGCAGGCGGAAUACAUUGAAGCCCUGGCAGCCAGUGCUGAAGGAAAAGACAUUCCGAUGGAGAGCUGGGGAGGCAGAAAACUAAAAAGUCAAAGGUUAAUGAGAGCAGACAACAGUAUAGACACAGAGGCCUCUGGCUCUGGGGAUGACUCUUCAUUGCCUUUCUCCACUCACUUUCAGCACUACCAAAGUGAUUUGAAUUUGAAAGCGUCCCAGCCAUCUUCCACAUAUGGCUUGACCCUUGGCUUGGACAUAAAGCAGGAAGAGCCCUAUGAUGCAGAUGAGUUUGGGCCCGUUGUGGUAAACGGGCCUGCUGCUCAGAAGGUGAGCUUAGAGCAGAGUGACUCUGACCUGUACAGGUCAUCUUCUCCACAGUACAUUAGCUUAGGAGAGACGCCCGGACGAAAAACAGUCACGGCGCUGCCAUACUCAACUAAUAAAAAUCAGCAGAGUGUACAGUCAUCUCCAAUGCAGCAUUCAUCAGUGGGGUACAACCCUUCAUUUUUCAGUCAAAACAGAAGCAUGUAUCUUCAUGACACACUGGCUAGAGUAAAUAGUCAACAUAAUGGCUCAAGCUUUUCACAGCUUCAGUCUAGAACUAAUUGUAAAGAGCCUAAAUCUCAUUAUAUUAAUAUAUAAAAGAGAGUAGUCUUAAAUUGCUUCUGAUUUUAACUUAUACAUAACGAGACAGCAUGACAAAAAUAUAGUGUGUGUAACUUAUAUUUAAUAUUUAUAAGUAUUUGACAAAAUAUAGUAUGUGCUACUUUCAUUCAGUCUAAAUUAUUGAAGUUGUCUGACAAGUAAAUAUUAACAUUUGCCAAAAACAUAGUUUUUUUUUUCUAAACUUUUCAAUAGUUUUCUUCAAAGAAGUACCAUUUAAACAAUUAUGAAUAUGCUAAAUAUUUUUUUUACUUAUGGUAAAAACUUAUAAACAAAACAUGUAAAUAUGUAGUUUAUUAGUGAAACAAUAUUAUUUUUUAAAAUGGCAUUAAAUAUUUAUUUUAUCUCAUUUACUAUUUAUAAUUUUCAGAAACUCUAGUCAUUGAAAAGAAUCUUCUGUAGACUUGAAAUUUGUUCUUAUACAUUGAAACAUGAUUAUAUAUUAGUAUUUUUUUUUACUAACAUAUUAAUAUUUAAAUAGUCCAGGCUAUUUAUUUUUUUUUUACUUAUUGUUAGAAUAUGUACUAAUUUGUUAUUGGUGAGGGCAUGCAGAAGAAGUAAUUGCAUUGCUUACAGUUUACAGAUCUUAGUGCUUUUUUUUAAGUUAUUUUUUUUUUUUUGAUAAUUUAAUUUUUUUUUAAGCAGUCUUUUUUUUUUACUUCGAACAACCUUAGUUAAAAAAAUUUCAUUUUAGAAAUUUUAUUUUCAAAAAGUUUGUAUGAAUUCAUGUGUGCCAAGUUUUAUUUUAUACAAGGGUAAACAUUGGGGCAAGGUUUUUUUUUAGUAGACUAAGAAUUAAAAUUGAUGACAAGAUCUCAAGAUUUCUUUUUUGUUUGCUUGUUUAUUUGCUCAAACCUUGUGAUUUUUUACAAUCUCUCUUAUUAUUGACAUUGUAUGCAGGUCAGUGUGGCCAAAGUGAAAACUUUAUAACUCAGCAUUGAAAUGUGUAUAUAUGUACUGAAACACCUUUCCCUCACUGAAGUAUUUCUUAGUAAGUUAUUUUAUGUUUCUUUUAUUUACAUUUUAGAUUAUGAAUAAAUCUGAAUGUCCUGCCUAUAGCUAUUCAGGAUAGCAUUCUUGAAGGGCUAGUGCUGAUUUCACAUAACCUACAUCUACAUCAACCACAGAAGUCAACUUCUUUCUUACCUUAGCCUUCAAAGUAAAGUUCACUUUUUUCUUCUCUCUCUUAUUUGAAUUGAUUUAGUCCUGUGAGUGUUGUCAAGAGCUCAUUCUUUGACAGAUAACCUAUGGAAUGAUAUGAACAUCACCAGAAUGUUUCCUUUAGGAUUGCUUAAAACAAUUUUAGUUUGGAAACAAAAAAAAAGUUAAUUAUUUAAUAGUUUAAAAUUCUUCUGUAGAACAUCAUUACAUGUCAACCAUUAAGUCGAAAACUUACACGCCACUUUAGAUUCUUUUUAUUUUUUUUGUUCUUACCCGUACUAGAAAUUAACAUUAUUGACUUCAAUUCUCUUUUCUGGGCUGUCAUACAAUAUUUUUCUUCCACUCUAAAUUGGUCUGUAUGAGUAUGUUUUGAACAUAUUUAUUUAUACAGUAUACUCUUGUUAAAAUUUAGCCAUUUGAAAAAAAAAAGUUAUGGUUCAUCAGAAAGAACAUUUAAACCUUAUGCUCAAUUGUUGUUUCUUUCCGAUUGAUCCAUUUCAUGUACUUACAACUUGAAUGAAGGAUAUUUGCUUCAUUUGAUUUUAAGCUUACAAUUUAGAUGUGCAUAUUUUGUCUUGUCUCUGCCCCUUUAUUUUAUUUUUUAACCUAAUCAAAACUAAAUCAACCAAAGCAUUGAUAUUACUGUAUAUGAAAAAUUGUUUUUCUAUGUACAAUAAAGAUUUCAGAUUUUACUAUUGUUUAAAAGAACUUGUUCAAUUUUAAUGAAUCAUGGUUCUACAACGAGGCAUAUAUUGUGUGUAUUCUGCUUAUAAUUGUUUGAUGUAUUUUUGUGUGUACACUUUAUUAAGGUCUUUAUGAAUGUCAUGUUGAGCUGAAAUGUUUUGGGUUAGUCUUAUGUUUUCUUUUCUAUUUUAAUGCCUUUCUUUUUUUUUUCUUCUUAUUUUUGUUUUUAUUCUGUAGUAAUUCCAUUCCAUAAUUUGUGAUUGUUUUAGUAUUUUUAGAAUUUGAAUAGCUGACAUAUCAAAGACCUUUUGGCUAGUUGUUAGUUUAAAAGACUUAAAAAUCAACAUGUUUUGUAUCUAAUUUUUUCGUUUACAAAAGUAAAUUUUUAUUGAUUAUGUUGUUUUGUAAUUUUUUAAAAUAGAAUUUCAUUGAACUUUUAAAAUUUGCUCAAUACCAUGACAACUUUUUUUUUUUUUUUUUUUUUUGUUUCUUGAAUGGCUUUUUAAAAUGUUCAUUUUUUUUUUUCCAAAAACAAAAUUUUGUUUGUUUGUUAUAAAAAAUUUUCAGCUGCUUGAGCUAAAGCCAUAUCUACUGCCAUUUGUAUUAUAAAAAAUGUUAUUUAUGAUAUAAAUAUUAUUUAUAAACAUAUACAUUUAUGUUUCAAUCAUACAUUUCACCUGAUAAACAUGGAGCUGUUGUAUGUGUCUGUAUGUGUUAGUAGUCAUCAUGUCUUUUAAAAUGUAAUUUAAAAAUACUUAUAAUAAAGACUAUGAUAAAUAGCCUGAUUGAUACAUAUUGAACAAAAGAAUACACAUGAUUUUGUUGACAUUUUGCCAUGUCUUUAUAUUGUAUAUGUUUUUUUUUUAAUUUUUAAACUGUUUUUAUUUACUAAACAUUACAAGUUUAGAGAUUUGUUGUUAUUGCUGUUUUGUUGUUGUUGAUAUUUUUUGAAUAAACAAUUUUUAUCAUAGUUGGAAAACAAAAGUAAGAAUAGUGCCAUCUUUAUAGAUUUCAUUUUUUUUUAUCUGUUGUGCUAUUUUCAUGAGUUUUUAAAGCUGUGUUUUACUUCUCUGUAACAUUUGUGUGUGUGUGUGCGUGUCAUUAGCAUAUUUAGCUAAAUAGUGUUCACUACUGUCAAAAAUGUACAUGUAUAUAUUUAUAUUAAAUAUAUAUAUAUAGUGGGUAAGAUUUGUAAAGCUACAUGUCAGACAAAUCUUAAACAAAACAAAAAAAAAGUAAAUAUUAAUUGGCUCUUUUCAAGUGGGAAAAUAACUUCAAUGCCAAUCAGCUGUGAAAUUUGAUUUAGACCAUUAGUGGACAUAGUUGGUAAGGUCUGCCUAUUUCAAAUGGGUGUAUGUUGAUGCAUCUUACUAAGAGCAUUAAGCAGUUAGAGGUACUUUGGGUAAUUACAGUCUGAAUGUAUUAUCCUUAUUGUUGUGAAUUUUAGAAAAUCUGACUUUAGAUUCUGUUUACUCUGUUGUUAAGUAUACAGUGUCAAAAGAUUAUUGUUGUUCUUUUUAAAGGAUUAAUUAACUAGUUUGAAAAAUAGAGAGAAUAAAAAAAAUGUGAAUAAAAACAGCAUUAUUUAAUAAUAUUUUUGAAAAUUAAGUGAUCACUUUUUUAAAAAUCUUUAUUUACAUCAAAUUUCAUGUGUUAUUUUAGCAAAGUUGUGAACCUUUAUUAUUGGCUGUACAUUUUGAUUCGAAAAUCACCUCAUACAAGAUACUUUACCAAAGUAAUUAUGAUAUAAAGAAUAUGGCAAGUAUAUUUGUUUUUUAAAGUUUAAUGGAUCUCAUUUUUUCUAAUUAUUUUUCUUCAAACUUUGGUCAUUCUUUCUGAUAGCAAAUUUUUUUGUAACAAAAGCAUUCACCUUAAUAACAUUAUUAAUAGUGACUGCAACAACAUUGUUUUUUUUGUGGUCUGGUAAAAGUUUUUUUUUUUUUCAAUAACUUACAUUCAUUUAGAAUAGUUUCUAUAGUUAUUUUAUUAAUACUGUUUGAUAUUACAUUUUAAUUUAAAAAAUAAUCAGUAUCUUAAAGCUAAAAAAUAAUUGUCAUAACUUUUUUUAGACAUCAAUAAAAUGUCUUCAUGUAUCUUAAUGGAAAUUUAGCUGUGACUGGCUAAAACUUAUUAGCUUAAGCUUACGUGAAGUGGAUAUUUUUAUUAUUAGCUUUUUGAUUGUAUUCAUCAGUAUAUACUGAGUCUUACUUCUAGUAGCUAUGUCAUUAAAUCCUUAUAUAGAGUCUGCAUACUAUCUGUUAUUUUCCUGUUCAUUAUAAAGGUAUAACACACACAAAAAUCUUGGGAAAAUUUUAAGUAGGUUGAAUUAUUAAUGCAUGUUGCUUAGAGAUUAAAUAUUAAUUAUCUACUUUGUUAGUAUUUGUUUUAUGUUUAAUUUCAACCAAUGCUAAAGACUGCUGAAUACUAUCUGAUGAAACUUAAGCAUUAUCUUGUUUUUAUCUAAAGCUUUGAAAUGUAGAAAAGGUUUAGAAUUUUAAUUAAGUAUUUGGUUUAGUUUUUGAGACUUUUAUUUUUUUAACUUUAAAACAAAUAAUUCUGUGUCUUGUAGCUUUUUCUUUUCCAUCCUGCAUGUACUUUGUUUCAGUAUUAGACUCAAAUCAUUUAUUUGUGUACAUUUUCUUUCAUCAAUAGUUGAAUUUUAUUUGUUACAAUUCUAAACUAACAGUACUGUACUGAAAGGAAGCUAUACAAUUAUUCAUUAUGAUUAAUUGUGAUUUAAAUGUUUAUUCUGUUAAUUCAUAAUUCAAAGUAAUUUGUGUUGGGUUAUGAAAUCUGUUAAGUUUCACUUCCAAGUUGUGGGGAAUAUUUAUUAAUUAGAACAAGAAUUUCAUCUGAUAAAUUGUAAAAAAAAAAAAAAUUCGUUGAGAAUAUAAAUUUUUUUGUUUAGGAUAGCUCUCGCACUUUUCAGAUUAUAUGUAUUGUUUUACAAGAUAGAUGUAUCCAAAAAGAGUUUCAGAAAAUACAUCAAGGUUGUUUCUUUUUAAAAAUGCACCAUUCCAAAAGGUUGUUGAUUGAAAUUGGUGAUGUUUUCAUGUCUAGGCCCUUAAGGUAUUGUUUUGUAAACCACUAGCCCACAUUAUAAUACAGAACGAGAUGCUAGUACAGUUGUGAUAAGCAGUUCUGGUGAUUUUUUCACUUUAUAGUCAUUCUAAUUGGAUACAAAGUUGUCUUUUAAAUAUAUAUAUAUAUAUAUAUAUAUAUAUAUAUAUAUAUAUAUAUAUAUAUAUAUAUAUAUAUAUAUAUAUAUAUAUAUAUAUAUAGUGGAAAAGAAAGUUAUUUCUAUUGUAUCUCAUGGUUACAGUUAUAAUUAGUGCUAAGAUUGUGUAUCAACAUUUGACAGAAUAGUCAUAUUUAUAUUUUGCAAGUUUUUUUUUUUUUUUUUUAGUCUUCCACUGAUUGAAUUUAAUUAACUAGACAAACCAAUAUUACUGAGUGUAAAAUGUUGUUAACUCAUUAAAACAUUUAUUUCUCAA